AUGUCCAAGUCUCUCCCCCUUGUAAAAUUCCCCCCAAAGACCUUGAUUCAUCGGUUCGGCUCAUCUAACACUUCCCCUUCGACAGCUUUACUACGUUUCCCGAUCCAAGGAUGGACAAUCAAUCGAUCCCAGAAAGAAGGCUGGGCCAUCGUCGGGGACGCAGAAGGUAGAAGGCUAGCUGUUGAGACAUUACUAUCGAGACAUCGAAUAUACCCACUACCAUCUUCCCCUGGACCAUUCCCAUUUUUAUCCACAAUCACUCCCUCUUCUACAUCUACAGAGUCGGAUCCUGCUUCAACUUUAUCAUCAUAUAAACCAAUCAGACAUUUAGCUUUUUCCCGACCACCUACAACGGGCGAAUUUACUGAUUUCACCGCACGUUAUGGAUCCUUACAAGAAGAGGAUAAAUUGUCAUUUCUACAAACACUGAAUUCACUUGACCCAAUACCGACAACCGAGGACAUAAAGAGAGUUUCAAGUCUCAUGAAAAUAGAGAAAUUAUUAGAUUUGCCUAGAGUCAGUCUCAGUAGUGGACAAACUAGAAGAGCAAGAAUAGCUUCUGCAUUAUUAACCAAACCACUUUUAUUGAUCCUGGAAGAUCCCAUGGCAGGAUUAGAUGUAAAUAGUAGAAAAGAAGUUUCUGAUAUAUUAGGUAAAUUGAAUGAUAAAGGUGAUAUCAGAAUCGUUUUAGUGUUAAGAGGUAAAGGAAAUGAAGAAUUACCUGAAUGGAUAACAAAUAUAGCUCAAGUGAAAAAUGGACAAGUCUGGAUCGGUAACAAAGAAGAAUAUCAAAAUUCGCAUACUGAGCCUACCCAAUCACAGCUGGAUGAAGUGAAAGAAAAUGCUAAAGACAUGAAAACGGAUGGUAUUCCGUUGAUUCAAUUGCGAAAUAUUUCUGUUUCAUACGGCGAAGGUGCCCGGCCCGUGCUGAAAGAUGUCUCGUGGACUAUCAGAGAAGGCGAAAAAUGGCAUUUGAUUGGAGCCAACGGGUCUGGUAAAACAACUUUGCUAUCUUUGAUAUUAGGACAUCAUCCCAGAUCUUUCUCAUUGCCUUCAUCAUCACUCGAGUUAUUCUCUAAACCAAGACGUGAACUUCCCACUGCUAUUUUGAGAACAUUGAUUGGACACACGAGUCCCGAGAUGUUCGCCUCCUUCCCUCGUGGAAUGGGUUUGAGUGCAUAUUCCGCUAUCGGAUCAGGAUUUGAAGGUGUAUUCUCACGUCGAAAUAUUUCUUCCACGCAAAAAGAGAGGAUCCUUUCUUUAUUAGAACAAGUGAAAGACCUUCUUCAACCUACAUCGUUAUCAGGACUCAAAUCAAACGAACAAAAACAAGUGCAUGUCGAUGUUAGAGAAAUUGCCUUAAGACAAUUCUCACAUUUUACGCCUUCACAACAAGGUUUAUUACUCUUCUUAAGAGCUAUAGUGGGUAUUCCGAGAUUGUUGAUUCUGGAUGAACCAAGUCAGGGUGUAGAUGAAAUAAUUUGGGAGAGAUGUAAAAUGAUCUUGCAAAAUGAAUGGAAAAAUACCGAACGAGGUAAAAGAAUGGCUACGAUUGUUGUCAGUCAUUACGAAGAUGAAGUACCGUGGAAAAAGGGACAAGGAAAAGUACUGAAAUUGGACCAAGGAGUAGCUACCGUUGAGUAG